GAGCCAUUUGUUUCCUUCCACAUUGUCAUCAACAUGGCAAAAUCAACUCGAUCAAAAGUAAAGCGCUCGUUCAGAGCAAAAAAACGCGAUGAAGGUGUAUACGCAGCAACUGAGGCUGCACGUCUGCAGAGACUCAAUUCUAAAUUGAUGGCGAAAAUUGAUCAUGGAGAUGAGGAAUUAGCAGAACCGGUGGAUGAUGAUACUGCGCAAGAUGAUUCUACGGCACCAGAUACCAUGGAACUCGAUGAUUCCGCAAAAUCAUCAACUACAAAACCAUCGCACGUCUCAACUCACGGUGCAAGGAACUCGCGAAGGGAGGAGUGGAGAAAAUCAAAAGGCAUGACGCCUGUACCGAAGGUAACGAGAAUGAACCGCCAGGGACUACCAGCAGCGCGGCGGAGGUCUGGGCGCCCGUCACGUCGGCGAUGAUGCGUAGUCACUGGCGUACGACCCUAUGAAUGUCUUCUCAUCAGGUUGCCUUCUUUAUCGCUAUGCCAUCUGUAUACCACCACAUCCAAAAGUAUUAUACUUGCGAUAACAAAACUCGAGGCGAAUCAACCUAUUUGAUUACAG